UGCUGCCGCAGCUGGCCGUGGCUCCCGACGGCAAAGGUCCAUCCCCCCCCUCCCCCCCGUCCCCCUCCCGGAGGAGGAGGAGGCGGAGGCGGAGGCGGCGGCAGCCCGGGGCUCGGGGCGGGGCGGAAGAGCCACCACCUAUACCCCUGCCUGCUGCCGAGCUCGUUCGCUCCCUCCCGGAGAACGCCACCUUUCCCACCGCAGUCCCGGUUGCCAGGAUUGAAAGUCAGAUUUUUGAUGAUGUCUGGCUUGACAGAAGCAGCAGCCACCAGUGCCGCCACAGCUGUGGUUCUGAGCCUGGACUUGACCCAAAUCACAUAUCUCCUGUGACUGAAGGCAAGUUUAGGAGGUGUAUUGCAGCCAUGUCUGUGAUGGUGGUGAGGAAGAAGGUGACUCGGAAGUGGGAGAAGCUCCCAGGCAGGAACACCUUCUGCUGCGAUGGACGUGUCAUGAUGGCCCGGCAGAAGGGGAUCUUCUACUUGACUCUCUUCCUCAUCCUGGGGACCUGCACACUCUUCUUUGCGUUUGAGUGCCGCUACUUGGCCGUUCAGCUGUCUCCUGCCAUCCCUGUCUUUGCAGCUGUCCUUUUCCUCUUUUCCAUGGCUACGCUGCUGCGGACGAGCUUCAGUGACCCUGGUGUGAUUCCCCGGGCCCUGCCAGAUGAAGCAGCUUUCAUUGAAAUGGAGAUAGAGGCAACCAAUGGCACAGUGCCACAGGGUCAGCGUCCGCCCCCUCGAAUCAAGAAUUUCCAGAUCAACAACCAGAUCGUGAAACUAAAGUAUUGUUAUACAUGCAAGAUCUUCAGGCCCCCCCGGGCUUCCCACUGCAGCAUCUGUGACAAUUGUGUGGAGCGCUUUGACCAUCAUUGUCCCUGGGUCGGAAACUGUGUCGGCAAGAGGAACUACCGCUACUUCUACCUCUUCAUCCUUUCUCUCUCCCUCCUCACCAUCUAUGUCUUCACCUUCAACAUAGUCUACGUGGCCCUCAAGUCCUUGAAAAUUGGCUUCCUGGAGACGUUAAAAGAAACUCCUGGAACUGUGCUGGAAGUACUCAUCUGCUUCUUCACUCUCUGGUCUGUUGUGGGGUUGACAGGAUUCCAUACGUUCCUCGUGGCCCUCAACCAGACAACCAAUGAAGAUAUUAAAGGUUCCUGGACAGGGAAGAACCGAGUGCAGAACCCAUACAGUCAUGGCAACAUCCUAAAGAACUGUUGUGAGGUGCUGUGUGGCCCCUUGCCUCCCAGUGUGCUGGAUCGACGGGGCAUAUUGCCACUGGAAGAAAGUGGAACUCGACCCUCAAGCACUCAAGAGGCCAGCAGCAGCCCAUUUCCACAGAGCCCAGUGGUCCCCACAGAGCCAUUGAGCUCGAAUGAGCUGCCCCUGAAAGCCUGUGCUCCUGAGGAGAUGCAGUCCAGUGUUCUGGCCCAGCAGGGUCCAGAGUCCCCAGAGACUCCCCAGGAGGCCUCUGGAGCUGAAAAGUAGCUUCUCUGCGCAGCAGAGAGAGAGAGAGACCUGUGUUUUUCUUUAAUGAGAGCGGAGAGUGAUUGAGGGGGAGAAGACAACCUUGAGACAGAGGGCAAGUGAGCCAUCCCUUUUGCCAUUUUUUUUUUGGUCUCUGUUCACCUAAUUCCGGAUUGGAAUAUUUUCUAUACAAGCUAUUUUUCCUGGACUCUAGGAAGUAGCACAGUGAUGUCCAUUACAUAUAGUAGCUUGAAACUUGGGUUUCAAGGGCCUUGGCCUCGAGUUCCCUUCGGGUCCCUUCUCUGGCUCUUAAGGGAAGUAGGGAGAGUUGUUGACAUCCCAUUACUUGUCCCUGGACCAGAGAUAGCCUCAAAGGCUUCUGUCCAUUGAAUCCCCAAAGGGCCCAGAUGGAAGCAAUUUGAGCCCUAUUUCCGCCCCCUAGUUGGAGGAGAGGAAUGGGGAUGAGACAGAGCUGUGACUGGCAAAGUCUUAGUGCAUUGGG